AUGCUCAAAAUCGUAUUGAAGGAUAGUGCAGUACCGGUAUCGUUAAAGGCUAGGAGACUACCAUUUGCAUUAAUGAAAAAAGUAGAAACUGAGAUAAAUCGGUUGGUAAAAUUAAAGCACCUCGAAAAAAUCGAUAUUAGUGAAUGGUCGACACCGAUCGUGCCGGUUAUUAAAAAAGACGGAUCAGUAAGAAUUUGCGGUAAUUUCAAGCUGACGAUAAAUCCAUAUGUAGUAAUCGAUCGUCAUCCGAUUCCGUUAAUAGACGAAAUUUUCGCUGCGCUUAGCGGAGGAACGAAGUUUUCGCAAAUCGAUUUAGAACAUGCGUAUAUGCAAAUACCCGUCGAAGAAAGUUCGAGAGAUUAUUUAACCAUCGUCACGCACAAAGGGUUGUUUAGGUACACAAAGAUGACCGAGGGAAUCGCGUCGGGACCUGGCGACUUUCAGCGCAAGAUUGAGCAAUGCCUUGCCGGUCUUAAUAAUGUAAUUCCAUACCUCGAUAAUAUAUAUUGUACUGGGAAAAAUGACGAUGAACACUUGCAAACGUUACGCGGAGUAUUCAAGCGACUCGAAGAUAGUGGAUUAAGAGUAAACAUAAACAAAUGUGAUUUUUUUAAAGAGCGCUUGGACAUUCUUGGUUUUGUAAUCGAUAAAAACGGGCUGCAUAAAGCGUUCAGUAAAGUUAAAGCUAUCAUUGAGGCACCAAAGCCAAUAAAUCUAAAGCAAUUGCAAUCGUUCAUUGGUCUCGUUACGUAUUACGCUAGAUUUUUGCCGGACAGAGCAGAAAAAUUAAAAGCACUUUACGAGUGUACGAAGAGGGAUAAAUUAAAAUGGUCAAACGAAUGCGACAUUGCGUUUAAAUGGGUAAAGAAAGAACUGACGUCAUCGAGAGUUUUAGCGCAUUAUGACCGAAACGAAGAUAUAGUAUUAGCAUGCGAUGCGUCGUCAUAUGGGCUUUCGGCAAUACUAUCUCACAAGUAUAAGGAUGGCUCAGAAAAACCAAUUGCGUUCGCGUCGAAAGUAAUCCCUGAAAAAGUUGCAUCGAGCACCAAUUGA